GAUUGUUAGAUUGAUGAAGAAGCCGUGAGGGCAGGUGAGACGGGCACGGCGUGUGUGUGUCGAGACUCAUUCAUACAACGUGUCUGUGUCAGCAACGAGAGAAUGUCUGGCUGACACACCGACACACACACGCUGUAUGAAUGAGUCUGGACACAACCACGACAUCGAUCCAUUCGAACCGUCACAAGCCCACCACUUUGCAUCCAUACACCCAGGAAUAGAACAGUCGUCAGUCCGUCUUUCCACCAGCUGUACACACACCUACACCUUUCGGUGCACCAACCAAUGCAUUGCAUAUAUCCCCAUUCAAUCAGCUCGUCUUCACCUUGCCCUCCCCGCCUCCCACCCACCCCCUGCCCCUCUCUGGCAGCAUCAGCACCAGCACCACGGCAAACAGAAACGGCAAGUACACGAACCACACCACCGCCAUGCUCAUGCCCUCCACACACCGAUAGUCCUGAGCCAUGCGAUACACCGCAAACAGUGGCCGCUCGUGUGGCAAAGGGCUGGUCUGUUGAGCGACGGCCUCCCCCACUUGCCGCAGCCAGGCCAGCAGCCGUCUUGGCCCGUACUUGGCGAACUGCCGGGGCACAGAGUGCGACCAGACGGACAGCAGCAGUGAAGCCACUGAAGCGACGCUGUGGCCGAUGAGACGGAUGGCCUCGUGACGGAUGUGCAAUACCCAUUCUGCCAUUGUGCUGCCGUGGGCAGCGCCAUCUUCCUUUCUGUGUGACAGGUUGGCGUCGAAGAGUAGCAGCCAUGUGAGCAGCAGAUAGCGCAGGACGAACAGAUGGCUUCGUCGCAGCCGAGGCCGCCAUUUCCACCGCCAUCUGCCGCUGUGCUGCGGGGGCGAUUGGGCGGUCGUCUGUUGCUGCUGUGGCGCAUCGAUGAGUGAGGUAAGAGGCUCCACCAGCAGGAGCGGCGGGACCACUAAUGGCGUCAAGUACACUGACGCAGCCCAGUUGUACACCUGAACAAAAGGGAAGGGGGUCGACACCAAAUGAAUGGAUGGAUGGAUGGAUUCGGUUUGGCUCGCUCACCGUGAGUGGUGCCAAUGUGAGAAUGGCCAUCGCCCUCGCCACACUCUUGACGCACAUCCACAGCGGCGGCAUCUCACGGAUGCUCGGCUGCCCUUCACCCGUCGCUUCGUUCCCCUUUGCCACGCUGUCGCCUUUGGCUGGCUGGCGUGAUGAUCGUGGCUGUCGAAUGAGCGCCUCACUGACCAAACAGAUGAGACCGACGGCGGCGUAGCCCAUCAGCGCCACCCACACCCACACAGACGCCUUCUGCAACGCACAGCACAGCACAGCACACGGUGAGUGGUGCGGUGCCGUGGAGUGCAGCCUCUCGAUGCACUGGCCUUUCUGGCCAUCCGCACUUGGCGUUUGUCGUGUGCAGCUGCUGGUGUGCAUGAGGGGGUGAGGGGGCCUGCAUGCCUCCAGCGAAGGAGGGAGGGUGCUGAUGUGAGCAGACCCCCAAUGCCCCAAGAUGACAGCUGGUCCACAAGACCACUCUGAAGAAAAGACAAGGGCCAACCUGCAAACCGAAGUUCCCCGCUUUCUGGCUGUGUGUGACCGAUCUCACCUGUGUGGCGAGUGCAAAAGACGUGAGGCUGCCUGUGAUGAGGCCCGAGAGCAUGACGGUGGCGCCAAGCAUCACAGCUCCCACGUCACUAAACACCCUACACUGAAACGUCUGACGACCAAACCAGCACCAGACAACACAGACAAAGCCAUCCAUCCAUCCAUCCGUCCAUUGGCUGACCGCUGCGGCGAGCGGCAUGAGCAUGCCGAACACGGGGUAGAGGUAGAGGCCCGACGACACGUGGCUGUUGGGGCUGGUGAAGAAGUAGAAGUUGAAGGAAUGGUGCAGCGCCUGCAGGGCGCUGCUCUGGCAACGCAAGAUGCCCUCCAACGAGCUGCAUAGACACGCACAGCAUACACACAGAGAGAGGGAAGGGGAUCAGUGCACAUGGAUCUUACCCGCCCAGCUGAGUGAGUUUGGGCUGGCCGUUGCCGCCCCGAGGGUUAGACGAGGCCACUGCGGUGAACGCAGGGAUAGCACGCCUGACGGCAACAAGGGCAGGAAGCAAACAAGUCAUUGCGUGAUGAUUCUAGAUGCGUGUGUAUGUGGAUGAAGAGCUAACUGCAGGAAGGCCGAGUGGAUUCGGUCGGCCCCGGCAUCGGUGGCCAUUCGGUUGACGGAAUCCCAGGCCUCUCUAGGCUCCGCGCGGAUGCCGUCCUGCUUGGCCUCUAUCGCAUAGGCGUUGACCAGGUCCUGGUUCGGCUGCAGACCGUUCACACCCUCUGCACACAGACACACAUACUCAAGACCCAUUUAGUUGCAAAUGCUGUGCGUACCGAUGUCCAGUGUCACGGCGACUUGGUUGGGGCGGUGCUUGUCGAUCUCGAAUAUGACGGCCUGGCGCAUGAGGCCCCUGCGGGGAAAGGGCGCCUUGUCACGCAGAUAGCCGUCAAGGAACGCACGGACGCCUGCAGACAAACCCACACAUAUCCAUCCAUUCCUCCGCUGUGCACAGCCGUCUGCCUGUCUGUGUCUGUCUGUCUGACCUGCGGCGUAAGGCAGCGUCCGGUCGGUGAAGAUCACAAUGACGUCACGCGCAAGCCACUGAACCGUCUGCAGAUAGUCCGCCAGUGCGAGCCCCAGUGCGGGAGUGGCCGUGUCGUCCCUGUCACGCCAGUCCGAGGCCAUGACGAGCACGAUGCUCUCCCUCGAGUCGCCACGAGCAGACGGCACCACUGCCACAACUGUCGUGCCCCGCACCUCCCCAUCGAAGUAGCUCCAGCUGAUGUUGUAGGCUGGCAGGCCCGACCGCUCAAGAGCCGACUGCAGCUGCCCCGCCACACCACCACCACCACCACCAGCAGUAGCAGCAGCAUGAGACGAUGACCUUGAAGAUGAUAUGUCAGCCGUCGCUUCUUUUAGCUCUUGCCUCAUGGCGCCCAGCUGCCGGCUGCUGUGCGAUGUGAUGAAGCCGUGCUGUGCAUAGCCCGGGACGAGGCCGUGCUCUUCGAUGACUGUUGGUCUGUCGAAUGCGUCGAACAUGCUGAGCCAGAUGGUGCCUGCGAGGGCCACCAGGAGGGAGAUCUGCCACAGACGGGGCGCCAAGAAGGAGGCCACGCCGUCGCGGACAACACCCAUGACUUCAACAGACGAUUGCUUAAUGCGCUGAGGCCAUGGCCCUCGGUGUCACGCGGGGCCCGCGGCGCAGGUCCAUCAGCUCGAGCGCUCAGACUGG